AAAAAAGAAAAACACAAAAUAUAGUUAAGUUAGGAUCAUUGGUGGUUUAUGAUUGGAUUUCGAUUUGAUUAUUAACGCAGAGGUAGAGAAGCGAUAGCAAGCUGGUUCGGUCUGUCGCCAAAGUCUUUGUCUGAGUUUUGUUAGACUUUAGUUAAAUAAUGCCACAAAUCAGGCAAUGUAUUACGUAUGUAAGUAGAUUUAUUAGUCAUUUAAGAAAAUUUGUUGUAACUACAAAAGAAACUAAUAAUUUUUGUGGGAUCAGUUGAUCCCUUACCUUAUCGAAGUGCUUUGCAAAAGCAAAUGACUCAAUACAUCGUUUCUGCUAAAAAAGUCAAAAUACAAUAAAGUAUCUCAAAAUAUUCUCUAAAACUUUUUUUUUUAAAACAUCUCUGCUUUUUUAUGUAUGAAGAUUUUUUUUAGCCUAACCUUAUAAAAAUAUUUUGAUUUAAUUUAAAACUAAUUUUAUUACAAUAAUGUUUUUAAAAAUAAAAUAUGAAUUUAAUUUGAUGUAGAAAUUCAUACACAAUACUUGACCGAUGAGGGUAGGAUGAGCCAUACUAUUCUGACCAAUUAUUGAUUUUUGGAAACACAAGAAGUUUCUAAACACCUACCUACGUAUGUAUAUGAUUAUAAAAAUCAAGAAAUACUUCUAUUUGAUUGAUAUCUGAAAUCAUACGAUUAUUAUUAAUAUAAAAUUAUUAUUUAUUGCGUGUGAUCUCUGACUUUGUCGUUCUUAACUCGAUAUGGAUCGUCAAAUCAAGAACACCACAUACCACUCACAACAACGAUGAAGAACAACAAUUCAUCAAGUUCCAUCAAGAAUCAGCCAUGUAAUAAGAAACCAACCAUUCUCUUACUUCUUCUCUCUCUCCUCACCACCUCUCUGCUUAUCCUUCGUCUCUCCCAAAACAAAACCAUCCUCAUCACCACCACCACCACCUCCGACUCCGAUCACCACCACCGUCACAGACACGAUUCAUGUCUCGGACGGUACAUAUAUAUCCACAAGCUACCUUCUAAAUUCAACACCGACAUCUUGCAAGAUUGCGAGUCGAUUACAAGACCAAAGGAUAAGAUCAGCAUGUGUAAGUACCUCGACAACUCUGGAUUCGGACCACGGAUCGGUGAUGCUGUCUCCAUAGAUUCUAAGUACUCUCCGAGCUGGCAUGCUACUAAUCAGUUCAUGCUUGAAGUGAUUUUCCACGAGAAGAUGAAGAGGUACGAGUGCUUGACGAGAAACUCUUCGUUGGCUUCGGCUUUUUACAUACCUUAUUACGCUGGUCUCGAUUUCCGGCGGAAUCUGCGGCGGCGUAACGUCGCUGAAAGAGACGCCGCCGGGAAGGAAAUGUUUGAAUGGCUCAAAAAGCAACCUCAGUGGAAAGGUAUGUCAGGUAAAGACCAUUUCCUCGUAACCGGUCGGAUAUCACGAGACUUCCGGCGAAACCCUGACAACAACUCCCUGUGGGGAACCAACUUAAUGCUAUUACCAGAGUCACAAAACCUCUCUUUCCUCACCAUUGAACGAAGUCCAACGAGCCACAACGAGUUCGCUAUUCCUUAUCCAACUUACUUUCAUCCCACUUCAACCGUCGAGAUACGCCAGUGGCAAGACAAGAUCAAGCUCACAAACCGAACAGUACUCUUCUCAUUCGCCGGAGCUGAAAGACCGAGCAGAAGCCAUAACGGUUUGGUUCGCACUCAAGUCAUUCAACAAUGUAAGAGUUCUUCCAAGACUUGUAGGUUUCUUGACUGUGACGUUAAAGCCAACGGCUGCGAUGAUCCGAUGAGUCUGAUGAAGCUUUUCGAGAGCUCGGUCUUCUGCUUACAACCACCGGGUGAUUCGUUAACUAGAAGAUCGGUGUUUGAUUCUAUCUUAGCCGGCUGUAUACCGGUUUUCUUUAACCAAGGAAGUGCAUACAAGCAAUAUGUAUGGCACUUACCGAACAACGAUGGUGAAUAUUCAGUUUAUAUACCAGUUAAAGAGCUGAGAACCGGGGGAAAGAGUAAAAUCGAAGAGAUUUUGCAGGGAAUACCGAAUGAGAAAGUGAUUGAUAUGAGAGAAAACGUAAUAAGAUUGGUUCCAAAUAUUGUAUACACUAAACCAAACCGAUACAAACCGGAUAGAGAGACAUUUGAAGAUGCUUUUGAUGUUGCUGUGAAGGGAGUGAUCAAGAGAAUAGAAGAGAAAAGGAGAGAAAUUCAAGAGUAACUAGACCCAAAAUGGAUACAUUCCUACAUUUGUUUUUGUAUUUAGAUAUAAAUUAUCUUGUAGAAUGUUUCUCAUUCUUUCAACUACAUUUAAAAUAGAUAAGAAUAUUUAACAUUUUUACCAAUUUAAAAUAGAUUAAAAUACUAUGUGAAAAGGAAACUUCACCAAGAAAUGUAAUGGUAAAUAAAACCCAUUCUUUCUUUUA